AUGACGACAAAUAAACAACCUGUAAAACGAAAAAAGCCAAUUCCCAUCGAAUUUAUAAUAUGUAAUCCUGAUGAAUCUUUAUCUGAACAAGCCUCAUUUUACACAUCAUUAGAGGUUGGCGAAGAUGCAAAACUUAAAUAUCAGGAACAAUCAAUAACUAUUAAUACUAGUAUGUUAGUUGAAAUACGAAGGUUAGGUUUUGGAAAUUUUGGAUAUGUUAUGUUAACCGAAGUUCAAGAUUGUCCAGGACUUCAGAUGGCUGUGAAACACUUGAAUCUCUAUCAAAGUACGCAUAAUCCAAGUGAUUUUACAGCUGAUACUGAUCUUCGAACACUUCGUACCGUUGGUUCAGGUGAAAAUCCACAUGUAACUACAUUUUAUACUGCACUAGUCCGUAAGCGAGACAAUGAAUUAUUAAUAUGUAUGGAAGCGUGUGAAACUUCAAUGGAAAAAUUUAGUACUAAAAUGCAUCAAAUAAAUGAAAUACAACAUCUUGAUUUAUUACUUAAGAGAAUGAUAAAUCAUAUGGUUGAUGCACUUUCAUUUCUUAAAACAAAAAAUAUUCUUCAUCGUGACGUUAAACCAUCUAAUAUUUUGAUUAAUCAAAAUCCUGUUAUAUUUAAACUAUGUGAUUUUGGUAUAUGUGGUCGAUUGGUUAAUUCUGUUACAGCAACAAUGAUGAAAGGAACAGGAAUUUAUUUAGCGCCCGAACGAAUCGACAAAGAAAGAUCACCUGAAGGAUAUGGCAUUCAAUCAGAUAUGUGGGCAUUAGGUCUUUCAACUUACGAAAUAGCUACAAACGAACAUCCAUUUCGUGGAUUGGAUGCAAUUCCUAUUCUAGCUAAAGCCGAAACAUGGGUACCUCAAUUACCAUCGUCUCUAUCAUCAGAAUUACAAGACUUAGUCACGUGGUUAAUGAAAGUAAAUCACACAGAACGACCACAAAGAUAUCAGGAUAUUUUAGAAUCAUCUGCAAUGCAACAGUUACCUCAAGAAAUAACUGGUGAAGAAGUAGAAAUGGUGAAAAAGAUUAUUGAACAAAUACCUUAUGUACCUGAGUAA